AUGGCCAUACCAGAAGCAUUAAAUGUAACAAUAGGAUUCUUAGUUUCAUUAACAGCAUCUAUAAUGAAUGCAUUAGGAUUAAAUUUACUUCAAUUAGAUCAUGUCAAAAAUUCUUCGAAGCCAUUAAGAGAUCAAGUUAAUGAAUGUGGUAGACCUUUUUGGCAUUUUGGAUUAUAUAUUUAUAUUGUUUCCCAAGUUGUUGGUAGUACAAUUGCAUUAAAUUUUCUUAAAGCACAAUGGGUAGCUCCACUAGGAUCAAUAUCUUUAAUCUUUAAUUUUAUAUUUGCUAGAGCUUUUAUUGGAACAGAAAUUACAAGAAAAGAUAUUUUAGGAACUCUUGUUAUUAUAGUUAGUGUAGUUUGGAUUGUAGGAUUUGGUGGGAUGGGUAAAUCAAAUGAACAUCUUACAAUAACACAAUUAAAAUCAUUAAUGAUACGACCUGUAUUCAUUGCUUAUUUUUCAGUAUUAAAUAUAUGCACAUUUUCAUUAUUCAUAGUAACAAUUUAUAUUUAUUGGAUUUUAAGUGAUGAAAAUAGAAAAUUAAAAAAUAUUUAUCUUAAAAAUAUUAAAAUGGAUAAAUUAAAAAAAUAUGUUGGCGUUUCUAUGGCUGCAGUUGGUGGUUUAUUAGCAAGUCAAUCUUUACUUUUGGCUAAAAGUGGGACAAUAUUAGUUGUUACUUCAUUCGUUGAACAUCAUAGUCAAUUUACGGAUAUAACCAGUUGGUUUAUUAUAUCAACUUUAGCAAUAAUUGCCGUGUUACAAGUCUACUGUCUAAAUGUCGGUCUAAAAAUAAGUGAUUCCGUCUUAGUGGUUCCAAUCUUUUUUGGAUUUUAUACAGCUUUAGGACUAAUAAAUUCAAUAAUAUAUUAUGAUGAAUUAAAUGCUUAUCCUUAUUGGGUAUUAGCAUUAGUGGCAAUAGGAAUUUCAACAUUAAUUUAUGGAGUAUUAUUAUUAAAUCAAGAAAAUUUAGAAAAUUUAGAAUUACAAAUGGAAGAUGUUUCUGAAGUAGUUCAUAAGAAAUAA